AUGCCCCUACUAGGCGGUAAAUUGCACGUUCCCAAUCCAAUAUGGAAAAAGAAAAAGAAAUCCGACGAUACAGACCAGACGCCAGAACACAAUGAAAAGCCCUGUUUUCUCGUCGAAGAGACUUCCGAAAUCUGUACAUCAGAGCAGGAAUUACGUCGAAAGAACAUGGUUUAUGCGGGAAAUAUUUGGACUUGCCGAAAAAAUUAUGCUUAUACAGUGAAAAUUUUGUCCGACGUGCCAUUAGUUGUUAAUGAUGUUCCGGCUUGUUCCAUCAAUCGUGUGAAUAGGACACCGACAAAGGAGUACGUCCGUAUGUUUAUCCGCGCUCAUGCAAUGCGCUAUGGACCUAACUUCAGUGGUCCCUGGAUUGUUGACAACGAUAUGCUACGUCGGCAUAAGAUCCUCACAAAAAAUCAAGGGAUUGAAGUCGACCGAGUAAAGCUCAAACAAAUGUCCACUGCAACAGAAGAAGAAUACGAGGCUCGCUUAAUAAAUAACCAACGCCAAAACAGUGGGAGUUCCAAUCCAGAGGACUUCAUCAGUCCAGCACCGAUUUUCAAGAAGGUUAAGCGGUUUUCCGUUUUAAGAGAAGGAAACAACGAGGCCACAGAGGAUGAUCUCCCGCUGUCGAGUUUUAAAGGGCAACCGAAAACAUCACGCAAAUCCAUUUCUGACGAUUCGCUCACGAAAAAAAUGAAACAGGCCACGCUAUUUCAGUUCGGGAAAGGUUCAUCCAAAGACUCCACUUCUACUGUUCCGAGGACACCAAAGCAGACUUCUACUCCUGUGAUGCCCCGCGUAGCCCAACAUCUUGUCAAGAUGUUUGAAGAAAAUCGUGACAAUCCGGCCAUCGCAACUCAAGUGAAUGUUUGUGCCAAAGUACUCAGUGAUGCGGAUCUGGGCAAGCUUCCUAAGGAACUACGUGACCGACUUUCAUAUGUGGCUCAGAAAAGGUUAAGCAUGACACCACAACAACGUAAGGCUCUGCUUCAAGAACGACGGGAAAAACUGCGGGCUGAACGACUAUCUGCAAACCGGUUGAUAGAUGAUCUCCAGCUUGUCAAGUCGACAGAGAUUUCUGACAACCUCCCAGAACCAACAAGUUUAUCCUUACCGAAGGAGAUUACUGAAUGUUUGUUUGGUCGACUCUUGGGACUUUGUGAAUUCUUCCAUUGCUUUCAAAAUCUUUUAAUCGAAGGGUUGGAAUACGGAGAACCAGAAAAUCAUGGUGAGAAUGCCACACAAACACAUUCCUAUCCGCUAUCCCCCUUGGAGUCUGCUGUACCUUUUCCCGGAGAGUCAGGAUAUUCUGAUGACGAGGACAAAUUAGACACAGAUGUCGAAGAAGAAGAAGCCGCACUGAUUGUUGCAACAGCUCCAUUACCCGAGGCGUCGGCACGAGCACUUCGUCGUCUUGGACUGCGUCGUCUCAUCAAGGCUGUAUCAAUGAAUUCACAAUCAGCUGGCGCUUAUCGAUCCAUCACUCGUCCGUUGACUUUGCUCAUGCGACUCCUGUUGCGUGAUGAAGAUCUCGGGAAAAAGCGUGAGCUGGGUAUCCGUUUGACGAAGCUUCCUGUGACUCCAUACACUGCUCCGGAACUGCUUCGCCUAGCUCUUUUACAUGAAACAGUGGGCGCGGAAUCGAAAACUAACAAGCAUACUGCAAGUACAACGUUGAGUAAUUCAAUGUCAGAUACAAUGGAGUUGAUCAAUCAGCUGACCGCGAUGGACGUGUAUGAAUCCGGUCCGGAUGUUCGUUUGAAAAUUCUAGAAACGGCUGUGGAACGUCUCUUCGAUCUGGACUUGAUUGAUGAUCAUAUUUUAGCCUGUCAACGCAGGGCUGCAGAAGCCUGGAACAAGAAAAUAAAAUUCCUGAAAGACCGUAAUUUGCGCAAAAAAGAGCAAAAAGAUGAGUCUCGAAAAGACUCGGCCGCUGACACACCCACCGCCGUGGACACAAAACCGGAGACACACGUGGAGAGGGAAUCGAAUCCGGUGGAACAGGAAACCAACGGAAUGGACGAUGACUUGGCGUCCGUUGUCAAGAGACGUCGAAUUCUUGCUGCCCGGGCUGCGGCAGAACGCGAAGAACGCGAAAAUCUGGAGCGAGAGCGUCGUGCUGCCUUGGCUCAAGAGAAUGCACAGGAACGCGCGUUGUCCACCCUAUCCCGUACCCAUGAGAUGCGAUCGGCCGAAGCACGCUCCGCCUUGCGUUGUCAUCCAAUCGGAUAUGAUCGAUACUAUCGCCGAAUUUGGUAUUUUCGAUGCGCCCCGGAUUGUCUGUUUGUCGAGUCCAAUUGGGGUGCACCGGAAAUAAAUUACUCGAUCACCAAUUCCUCAGGGAUAGACUCAUCCAAGGACGGGGAAUCCGCGCGGUCGGAAUCACAACAGCCAGAAUCCACACUGCCAACACCGGCACAUGUAAUGGUCAAUUUGGACGAUGAAGCUACUCAGCCGCAGGCAUGGAGCUCUUGGCGAGUUUACGAUCAACCGGAACAGUUAGAACAAUUAGCAUCCGCCUUGCUGGAACGUGGUAUACGAGAAAGUAAUCUUAAACGACAUUUGUUUGCUGAUGGUCUGCUGGAUGCCAUCAAAAUGAAAUGGAAGAAGUCACUAUCUAAUCGUCUGGCGAUAGACGAUGCAAAAACACCGUUGACUGGUACGGAAACUGAUGCCCGAGAAAUUUCCAGCACUUCUCUCAGGGAUAUCAACGGUACUCCUUCGAUCAAUACUCAUCAGCGUUCCUUGGGCGCGGAAGCAGCCUUGGCCGGUGCAUUAUUAAAGAAUGUGUUGGACACUGAAGUUCGUUUGCGCUCUGGUGGUUUGGGCGGUGUGCCGGAUUUCACUCGGUGGCAGGAGCAAUUGGCCAAGGUCAACUUAUCUUUCGGACUGUCACCUGACAAUUCACCCAUCAAAAGAUUAUCCGCCUCGUUUGACUCCAACGGGCAACAAACACCUGAUCGUCAGGGCUUAGUGGACGCACUCAUCGAAGUUGCCGAAAACAUUAUACCUCGCUUUCUAAACGUGCCCGACCUGUGCCCCGCGCGUAAAGAACAACCAGAGGAGGAAACGGGUCUGGAGGAUAAACAAGAGCUCCAGAGCCACGCUUCAGAUGAAGAUGAUUCAGAUUCGUCUUCCGCGUCGUCCGCCGAUCCGAUGCUCAAGGAUCCGGAUUUGCAUGUUCUUCGAACGCGGACGUGGUUGUCACAGUGGCGCACUGAGGUUCGAAAUGCGCGCACUCUAACACGGUUGAAUUUACUUCAUGUAAACGUGUGCCUGCCGGUGACUGGUUUUGUCCGUCUUGUCGACCUGCGUCCAAGGNUGGAACGUCGUCGUCGAGAGGCUCGACUGGCUCGAUCUCAGCGUCGUCGACAUCGUGCGGCCGACGGUUCCUCGGAUGAGGACGAAGAGGAAAACGAUGAAAGUGAAGAAAGUGAGGAAUCUGAUGAUGAAGUAGAAAAACGAGCCACCCGUACAAGUACACUCAAACGUCCCAAAUCGGACUCCCGAACAUCUCAGAUGUCACUUCAGAAUUCAACUACUUCAGGGACUAAAAAACAAGCAUUCCGUCACGAUACCAGCUGCCUUUUGUGCAGUUGCGACUCCGGUGACAUGGUGCACUGUUCCAGUUGUCCGAACACGUUCCACUUAUCCUGUCACAAUCCUCCGUUACAUCACCUUCCUCGAGGAGACGUCUGGGUAUGUACCAGUUGUCGUCACGCGUGUCGCCGUACUACUUCUUCUGCACAGCGUUCAACCCGUGAAAGUCGUCGCCUCACGUACCAACGCUAUUGUCAACAGGAAUACAAUGCCGAGGAAAGUGAAGACGACGUGGUUGGUUCACGUUCACGUCCAACUCGAUCAUCCUCACGCAAGUGUACAACAGCUCACGACCCCUCGGAUGUCGAAUCCGAAAGGUCCUCCGCAGACGAAUCGGAGGAUAGUGUCAAUGCUCACGAAUCAGUGAACGGUUCGCGUUCAACCUCUCUCCGACGUUCUGCCUCGGCAUCAGCGAGUCGAAGCGCUAAACGCCGACGCCGUAAUUCAUCGUCAGACGAAAGCUCAUCUGGUGAUACAGGAACUCCAGUAAAGCGCCAGACUGAGAGUGCUCAGGAAGUAUGCUCUCGUCUGGUCAAUGCUAUUUUCAAGCAUCGACAUGCUUGGCCAUUCCGUGAACCGGUAGACAAAGAAGAAGUUCCAGAUUACUACGAAAUCAUUACCAACCCGGUGGAUUUGAGUAUGAUUCGUGAUUGGCUAUCACAGGGACGAUAUAACACAGACACACUGGACGCGGGGUUAGAUAAACUUGUUCAGGAUUUGGGACUGAUGUUCUACAAUGCCGAAUUGUACAAUGCUGCGGAUUCCGAUGUAUGGAUUGCCGGCACUCAUCUCGAGCAAUUUGUUCGCACUCAAUUCGCCCAACUAAAAUCUGGUAUGUCUUGA